CUCGCAAGAUUUUUUUUGCUUUUCUUGACGAGGGAAACGGUGAAGAGAGCUAAAGAAAGAUGAAUGAAUAAGAAAUAAUUGCAAGAAUUUUGUGAUGAGGAAAAAAAGACAAGAAAAAUAGAAAAAUCAUCUAUUUAUUGAAAUCACACGCAAUUGGCAAUCAAUCACACUCACUCGAAAUUCAAAAUUAUUGAAAUGUCGUCUGUGCUUGUAAACUCGCACCCCUGGUCUGCGACUGCUGUACUCCUCUCACAAAGAUAUCAAAACUUGUCUCCCAAAUCUGCUUCCUUAUCCUUCUCUCCUCCUAACCCUAAUUUCAGCUUCUCCAUACGCUGCUCCCCCUCCUCCUCUUUCAAUGACCCAACUGAUCCGCCUUCUAAGCCCGACAACGAGAUAUUACCGGUGCCAGAUCUCGAACCCACCUCGAAAUUCGAUGAUGAAUGGGGCCAAUCUGAAGUUGUUGAAUUCAUCAAUGGAACCCCCGUUCCUGACCCUGUCGUUAAGGAAGAAGAAGAAAAGGAAGACGAUGGGAAGCUUUGGGAGUUGAAACGGGCUUUGGUGGAUACGGUUUACGGGUCGGAUUUUGGUUUCCGGGCUUCAGCUGAAGUCCGGGCCGAAACACUUGAACUUGUUUCCCAGCUUGAGGCUGCAAACCCUACUCCUGCACCCACUGAAUCCCCUCAAUUACUCGAUGGCAACUGGUUUUUAUUGUACACAGCCUCGUCUGAACUACUGCCACUGCUGGCAGCUGGCAGUAUUCCAUUGGUGAAAGUUGAAAAGAUCGUUCAAUCUAUUGACACAAGUAGCCUUACCAUAGACAACUCCGUUACAUUAUCAAGCCCUGUUUCGACCUUGUCUUUUAGUGCUUCUGCAUCAUUUGAAGUGCGCACCCCAUCAAGAAUACAGGUUGAAUUUAAACAAGGAACAUUUAAGCCUCCAGAAAUAAAAUCAAGCAUAGAUUUACCUGAAAGCAUUAACAUAUUCGGGCAAAACAUAAGUUUGUCGUCAGUACAGCAGUAUAUGAGUCCUCUUGAAAAUGCAGUGGAGGGCUUAGCACGUACUAUUUCUGGUCAGCCUUCUCUUAAGAUUCCGAUUCCCGGUGAGGGCACAAAGUCGUGGCUUUUGACUACAUACCUUGACAAAGAUUUUAGGAUUUCAAGAGGAGAUGGUGGCCUUUUUGUGCUUGUUAAGGAAGGCAGUCCACUUUUAGAUAUGUAGACUCAUAUUCACUUGUUACCUACAUAUCUAUUCUAUUGUAAUAAUUUUCCAUCUUUGAUUUUGCACAAUAACAAAGCUAUACUACUACUACUACAAAACCUCGUAAGACAUUUUAUAUUCUUGCAGCAAUCUUCAGGGGUUAUUAGUAGAUUCUACUGAGUUGAUUUUUCAACUGUCUUAA